AUGAAAUUGCUAUCAAAAUUUGAAUCAGUACCUCGUUCAAAACUUAAUAAAAUUGCAAUAGCCUUGUCAAUUUUUACGAUUUUAUGGAAUUUAGCUGAAGGUGUAGUCUCGGUUUUUUUCGGUGCAGAAAAUGAAUCAGUCAGUUUGGUCUUUUUUGGUAUUGAUUCUUUCGUUGAAGUGACUUCUUCAUGUGUGGUGUUAUGGAGAUUUUUGAGAAAAGAGUCAAACAUUCAUGAAGAAAAUCCUAAGGAUAACUUAAUAGCUAUUGAAAGAAAGGCAACAUUUGCAAUUG